AUGGAGCUCUGUUUGAGGAGAUGUAGCAUCAUCUUUCAAGCCAAUGACGCAGAACUAUCAGGCGAAAAGGUACCAGUGGAUCAUUUCUGUUACGCAAAGUGCAUUGAAAAGGAAGGGAAACAGCAUUCUCCUAUGAACGAGCGAAGCCGCCUGGUUACUGCACAAAACACGUCGUCAAUUAUGAGAAUCAAACGAGAUGUCCCUAACAGCCAAAGGAAUCAGACAUCCUUAAACACAUCAGUUGUCAGCGAACGAAUUAAGCCGACAUAUCCCAGCGGAGAAGAAUAUCCCGAAUGGUUAUUAAGAUGCUUGGGGAACAAGUCAAGAGUUGAAAAGUCCUUCACUACCGAUGACGUGGAGACAACAUAUGAAGAGCUUAACAACACGGGGAGGUAUAUCGCAACGAUAUCAUGGACACCUUUUGAUAUUCAGUUGACUAACUGGACUGGAUACGGAAUAAUAUACGCAAUUAUAGAUUUCACCAGCGAUAACGAUGCCAAAACCCAUUGUCAAGAAUUGGAUAAGAACGCUACGAACAUUACCAUAACUAAUUCUUCUUACGGAAUGAUGAAUGAUUCUUAUCUUGUGCUUUACAUUACUUCUCUGCCAUAUCCUGUGCACAUGUUCUAUGACUUUCCAAUCCUUUGCGAAGUGCCAACACCAUGCGUAGGGGAGUUAGUCCAAACAACUCAGUCUACAGUCCACGCAACUCAUUCUACAGACAGUGAUAAGAAAGGUACUGCCAUUAUUGCAGCUGUCCUCUCUACAAUAGUUGCAAUUGUUCUGAUUGGCUUGAUAGUUUUCUAUUGUCGUCGUCGCCCUUUACCUCCAACGUUAGAUCCGGAAUUUGAGUACGACGCGUUCAUUAUAUUCAGUUCCGAGGACUCACAGUGGGUGAUAAACACCUUAAUUCCAACCUUGGAGGAAAACCAUGGAAUGAAGUGUUGUGUGCACUACCGAGACUUUACCCCCGGAGUAACUUUUAGGAAAAAUAUGGUGGAUAGCGUUUACAAGUGCAAGAAAACCAUCGCCGUUGUGUCCACUCACUUUUUCAACAGUAAGUAUUGUGGGUCAGAACUGGAUUACGCCCUUCAUCGACUUAUGGAAAAGAGAGAUGAUAGUUUAGUUGUCAUCAAGAUCGAUGAUGUUGACAGAAGGAAGCUUCCUAAGGAACUUCAAAAACUGAGUUACAUCGACUACGCAAAGUCAGUUGAAAAGGAAAGCUGGGAAAAGAAGCUGGUUGAUUGUUUAAGUUACAAAUAGGUUUAAUAUAACAUUACGUUUAACUGCAAUAACUUUGCAAAAGUGCACAUACACGCUUUUCAUUGUUUUCGUAUCAUGCCUUAUCUAAUCAAAAGGGGGGGGAAGUCAGAAAUUCAGAAAUUUGUCGUGACUUCACAUUAGUAGAAGUUAGGGAUACCAAGUAUUGAAAGAAAUCAAAGUAAUCGCGGGUUGAGAUGUCGUGUCACGUUCACGCUCUUGCUCUGAAUCACUGUAAGCCUUCUAUUCUCUAACUGUCUGCCUUCAACAGAAUAACGAUAACACGCUUCACGAUUAAAAUACCU